AUGGGCCCCAGGGGUGGGCUCUGCCCUCGCACCCAGGGCCUAGCCGCUAGAAAGGCUGGCACAGGCCUUCUGCCUCCCACCUGCCUUGGCCCCUCUCCAACCAGACCCCAUUCCUGGCCCUGUUUUCCACACUGCCAGCUCACUCCCUCCCACACCACUGAGCAUCUGAGCCUGAAGGCCACUUGGCUGAUGGAGCAGCAGGAGCAGCACAGCUUUUCUUGGAGAGCCCAGUUCUUUGCUGUCUUCCAGCAUUCGUAUUUCUGGGUCAUUGCUGCAGUCCUGGUCCUGCUCUUGGGGCUCUUCUGGUGGCUCAGGAAAAGGAGCCAUAAACCAGACAGCAGCGGUGGAGAGGACAACUCCAGCAAUGAAAGAGAAGAGGAUGAAGAAGAAGAAAGUGACGAAGAUCCUGAAGCUGUGUGGAAUCUGGACACACUUAUUGCAAGUUGGUUCAAGUUGCCACUGGCCAACCUGACCUAUGACAGAAGGAUAGUAGAAAACAUGGUGGAGAACUUCUUUGAUAUAUUCCGAGAGCGCUUGGAAAACAGUUUCUUCCCAGUGUUGCAGCCAUUCAUCAUCUUGGACAGUGCCUCCGAAGGCUGGAACCCACACAAAGAUGAUACUGCUUUCCGUGUGCUUGUGCCUCUGAAGGCCCCCUAUGGGCAUGUCUUCUACUUGCCAGAGGAGCCCCACGUCAAGGUCAUGCUGAUAUGCACGUGCAAGAGAAAUCAGCUGGGGGAGAACAUGUUGUGCUUCCUCCAUGAUCCUGAGGAUGAUUUGAGGAGGAAUAAGAGCUAUAGCCUCCUCACCACCCUCUGCACAGACCUCUACCUGGAUGUGCAGGAAACUGCCCUCUGGUUCCAGAAGCUUGUGAAAUCAGCCUGGGAGGAGUUGUCUCUUUCAGAUCUCUACCAGAUGCAGCUGGAAUCCUCUACACGCUCCUGUAAGAUGAAGCUGACAAAUGCCUCCCAGAUAAAUUUAUUUGUUGAGUUCAUCUUUGGGGUGCAGGAAGGUGACUCAGACAUCUUCUUGACCAGCGAGACCUUACCAAAUUCCCUCUACAACUCAAGAACGACAUGGCUUCCUAGCUGUGAUGUGGCAGAGGCGAAGUUCUUCUUGCUUGUGGCCAAGAACGCCCCCCAUGACAGCAUCCACCUCUCCUGCCUGCAUCUCUGCACUUGCAUUCUGGAGGGAACUGUCUUUUCCACCGAUGUCAUGAAGACAGUUAUAAUGCACCUCCUGACUUUCAUACCCCUGUCAAAGUGGUGCAAGAGGUAUUUCCUGUGCCGUCUAGACGAUGUGCUGGGGUACCUGCACUGGUGCCUGAAGGAGAAGCGCCUCAAUCACUUCUUCUUUGGCAAUGAGAAGGUCCCCAAGGAGAUCAUCUUGCCCCCUGGCUUCCGAGAGGCUGAACCACUCAACCUCUUCCAGCAGCUGGUGGAGGACAGUGCUGCCCAUGAAUUGGCACUGAGUGGCUUUGGUAAGCUGAAAGACAACAUCACAAGACUGCUGGCUGACAGAAUGAAAGAAGUGUCCAGGCGGAGCUGUGUUGGUGAGGCUCACUUCAGAGAGGUUAAUGAAGGACUGUCUCUUGUGGGAGGGGGCUCCUGUGGGAGGGCGAAGCCUGAACAAUAG